GACGCUACGGUUUUAUAUGAUGCAGCACCAGUCUUCGCAAAUAUUAAAAUGGGUUCUUCACCGUGAAAUCAGCUUUUGUCAUUUUGCUCGUUUACACACCAAAAAAUAACGCGCCCUCGCUCGCUCAUCCGAUCUGUCAUCAGCGUAUUCACAGCUUCUCUUCACCUCGUGUAUGGCUUUCUGCUAUCAGACGGGGUUUGGGCUGGGCUGAAGGGUUUUUAUAUUGGCAUGGAAGGCAAUCCAGCUGAAUGCUUUGUAGUUUUCUUCAAAAAUGGGCCAGAGGAGAAACAAAAAGACGUCUGCAGGAGUUGAGAAGUCGCUUACAUCCAUAUUAAAUUCUUGUUCGGCUACUAGUAAUAAUCAGAGGUCGAUUGAACAGGGAUCUCCCCCUUCUCGAAAAUGCACCAGUGUCGAAAAGAAUGGAAAUGGCGACGGAACUGCCCCGGCGAAUGACUGUGUUAUUUCGAAAAGGGUGAGAAGCAGGGGCAAACAUCCUGGCAAGGAGAAUGCCGUUGAAAUAGAGCUAGAUGUUAAAAAUCUGUCUAAAAGGAGGAGCAGAAGAAUACAAUCAAAAGGUUUACAAGACACCCUGGGCAAUGAGCAGCAUGAAAAUGAGAAGCGUAGUGCGGCACAUAUUGUUGUAGAAGUAGAUUCUACAACAACGAAGCAUAAAAAAGUAGCUACAAGGAGUUCAGAUGGGGAGGGUGGUCAAGUGAGAAAAAGCAAGCGGAGUCGUGUUCAAAGUAGCACCGCUGCUGGAUCUUCAACUGUAAAGAAUCAUGACAUGGCUGAUUCUUGCUUGAAGAAAAAUCUUAGCAAAGUAUGUGAUCUAACAGGUACAAGUUGUCCUCCCCAAGGGUCUUUGUUGCCACGCACAGAGGCUGAAGCUGUUGAAACAGGUAGCAAUUCUGUUCCCAACACACCUGCUAUCAACCUUACGCAGGAAGCGCACCACAAUUCUGCUGAUGAUGGCAGCCUGAAUACGUUGGGUAUGAAGGUUAAGUCCUUGCAAAAGUGCCAGAAUAAUGAUGAUAACUUUGAUGAGAAUGAUGGAGUUGCAAUCGCUAUAACAGAGAUGCACAAGAAUUACUCAAAAUUACAUGCCAAGUACCGGAAAUUAAAGGCAAGGAAGCUCGAUGAGGUUGAUGCUUAUAUUGGACAGCAAGCCAAAAAAUUCAGUGAGUACAUCGAUGUUGCAGAGGGAUUGCUUGAACACCUUAGAAAUGAUAACAGUCGGCUACGUUCAGAGGCUGAUGAGUCUGUGGCUUUGAACAGAGUAAAAAUCCUUGAGCAUCAGAAUGCCGAGUGCCAGAGUCAUCUACUUGAAGAACGGUCAAAGAAUUUGUCCCUCGUAAAGGAGGUGAAGAGGCUUGAACAAUUGUUGUUGGACCGGGAAAAUAUGAACAAGCAGGCUCAGAAUACAAAUCAGCAAUGCCAAGACAUUAGCACUCAAAGCUUUUCCUUUUCUGAAAAAUCAGUAGUUUUGCAGCCUGAAAGACAUGAUGGCAUUGUGGACCUUCCCUGUGCUGGGCUACAAAAAUUGUCAAAAAAUCCCACAAGUUUCAAAGAGGCAAUGGUGCAAACAGAAGUGAUUGUAAACAAUUGUUGCUCAAAGUGCCAUGUCAUUAUUGAGGAGCCAGGGAGUAGACAAAUUUGCAACAAAUCAGCUAGUGGAACAGUUAGCAUCUUUAACCCGGUAAGUAGACAAAUUUGCAAUGAAUCAGCUAGUGGAACAGUUAGCAUCUUUAACCAGGACUCAUAUGCUCUAUCUCAAGGGGAUAAACCAGUCUUGGAAGACACUCGUAAAGGGUUUUCAAACAAUGUCUGUUGUACAAGGGCAAAUGGCCUGUUUCAAAUGCUCUUACAGUGUAUGCUGGGGCUUCAGUUCUCAACUGUUAAUGAGAGAGAUGGGUUAGAAGUGUUGGUACUUCAUGAAUCGAGUGGUUUCUCGUUUAAAUUGAAGUAUUUAUCUGCUGAAGAUGAUAUAAAACUGAGGGAAAAUGGACAGAUCCUCUAUUGUUCUGUUUCACUAGGAACGCUACAAAAAAUUGCUCCAGAUUGGAUGAAAGAAGAAAUUGUUUUUAGCAUGGGUCAAGCCAAUUUGUUUUUUGACAGAAUAUUACAAGUGGUUAAUGGAUGUGGAAUUAAUAUAUUGGCAAGAUAAUGACACUGGAUUGGGAAAAUUCCAAUCUGCAAUUUGUGAUAUAUAAUUAUGUUUUGGAUAUGUCCUAUCACUUUGUUAACUGUAGAAUUAUUUUUUCUACUAGGGAGGAUGGAUUACAGUCCAUUUCUUUUGUACAUUUUGUUCCAAAUGACACUUAUUAUGAAAUGGAUAACGACAUUUUAAUUA